AUGACUCUGGUGCAGAACAUAGGUGAAGAGAGAUUGGAGGGGGAAUUGAAUGCCUGUAAGGGAUUUAUUGAUAUCCGUACGGAUCGACAAUCUGGGGAGGAGGCCGGAGUAAAUGCUGAUUCGACUGGGGUGGUUGGGUCGAGUCCGUCUGGUGCAGCUGGAGUGGCUCGGAUGAGUCGAGCUGCUCUGGGAUUCGGGAGAGGUGUGAACGCACUGGAGAUGAAGAAGAAACCAUGUUCAUACUUUGCAUGGAGAGAGAGAGCAGAAGAAGAGUCUCGAAAGCGUCAUGUUCCUGUCAAUGCCGACUGCCCUUUAUGUCACUCUAGUACUGAAACUGUUCAACAUGCGCUGGUGGAAUGCUCGUUUGCAAAGGCUGCUUGGCAUCGCAGCAUAGUGGAUGUCGGGACUGGGGAUGCAACGUUCAGUAGCUGGUUGUUGGGAAUUUUUGCCAGGGGGCACGAAGUUGAAAUGGAGGAAGCGGCAAUGGUGAGUUGGGCAAUUUUGCGUGCGCGGAAUUACUUUGUUUGGCAAAAGAAGAGUUGGUUUGCUUCGAAUAUUGUUACACCAGCUAGGAACAUGCUUGAUCAAUACAAAUUUACUCAAGAAAGGAAGGGUCUUUUGUUGUCUCCUUUGAAUGAUGGGGGGCGGAACUGUGAGCGUUGGAUUGCACCUGUGUUAAACAAGACUAAAGUUAAUGUUGAUGGGGCUUUAUUUGAACAAGAGGGCCGGUUUGGAGUGGGCUGUGUAGCUCGAGAUCAUCAUGGAACCUUGGUAGAAGCUUUCAAGAAGGGUAAGGUUGGGUAUGUCCAACCUGAAAUUGCUGAGAUCAUAGGCAUCAAAGAAGCGCUGAGUUGGAUUGCGACUCAUCCCUUGGUUAGUGUAGUGUUAGAAACGGAUAGUCUAAUGUGUGCCCAAGUAGUCCAAAGUAAAGUCUUUAUGGCCUCCCAAUUUGAUCUUAUUGUUCAAGAUGUUAGGAAUUUGUUUUUGUCUUUAUAUUUUGUUGAGUUAUGUUUUGUUAAACGAUCUGCAAACAAGCUGACUCAUUGCUUGGCAAGAGACUCUUGUUUCUCUACAGGUUGUGUGCUUCAGUUGGAGGAUUGUUCCUCUGAAAUACGUUCUAUUAUUUUGAGUAAGUUUAUUUAA